AUGAACGGCGAUGCCCUGUGCCAGGAGCCCUCCUCCCCGCUCCCUGACUGGAGGGAGUUCUGCGAGCUGCACGCCCAGGCAGCUGCCGUCGACUUUGCCCAGAAGUUCUGCCAGUUCCUGAAGGAGAACCCCCACUACGACACCCCUGGGGCAGAGACCUCCUUCUCCCACCAUUUCGCCGCCAACUUCUUGGACAUCUUCAGCCUGGAGGUCAGCCGGGUGUUCGUGUCCGACUCCCCCACCAAGUACAACAUCGUGCCCUUCGUGGGGCUGCAGAACUGCCACGUCCCCUACGGGCGUGAGGUCACCCCGAGGAAGGAGGAGACCUCCACCGAGUCCCUGGACAGCAUGGACACCCCGUUGGGUGCCGGACGGUACCUGAGCCCGGCGCAGCAGGUGCAGGCACGCAAGGUGUCCUCCUACGGCCAGUCCCGCAGCUCGGAGGAUGUCUCCAUCCAUGCUGCCGCCAAGCCCAAGUUCAAAAAAGGCUUCUCCUUGAGGAACAUGAGCUUGUGCGUGGUGGACGGUAUGAAGGAGAUGUGGCAUCGCAAGUCCUCUCCGGAGCCGGGCACCGAGACUGCCCCGGGUGGCCGCAGAGCCGAGAGAGAGCCGUGGCCGGCCGGGGGCAAGGAGCCCGGUGACCCGCGGGAGAAAUGGACCCACAAGCUGCGCCUGUCCAAGGUGCCCUCCUCCAAGGUGGAGCUGGUGGACAUCCAGCGGGAGGGGACGCUGCGCUACAUGGUGGCCGACGACACGAACUGUGUGGGGAGCUCACAGUGGCAGAAGUGCCGCCUCCUGCUCCGGAAAGCAGUAAAAGUGGAAGGAGAGAGGUUCCUCCUCGAGUUUUACGUCCCUCCGAAGGCUUCCAAACCCAAGGUGAGCAUCCCACUGUCGGCCAUCAUCGAGGUCCGCACCACCAUGCCGUUGGAGAUGCCUGACAAAGACAACACCUUCGUCCUGAAGGUGGAGAACGGGGCCGAGUACAUCCUAGAGACCAUCGACUCCCUGCAGAAGCACUCCUGGGUGGCGGAUAUCCAGGACUGCAUUGACCCUGGGGACAGCGGGGACGACAUCGAGCUGGCAUCCUGCGCGCAAGGAGCCUGUCUGCCAGGCAGGGUGUCCUCCUGCAGCUGCGAGUUCCUGGCUGACAAUGUGCCCAGGCCACUGGACAGAUGUGCCCUGCCCGGCGCUCACAACACUGCCACAGCCACCGCCAUCCCUGCGCCCCACGGCCGGGGCAGGGACUCCCUGGGGGAGCUCCUCACCCACGUCCCACUGGAGAGCUUCCUGCAGACGCUGGAGUCCUCCCCUGCCGCCAGCGGGCGUCUCUCAGGGGAGGACAGCGAGGCGGAGGCAGAGAUCAACCUCUCCGACUUCCCCUGGUUCCAUGGGACUCUCUCGCGGAUCAAGGCGGCUCAGCUGGUGCUCUUCGGGGGUGCCCGGAGCCAUGGCUUAUUCGUCAUCCGGCAGAGCGAAACACGGCCGGGGGAGUACGUGCUGACCUUCAACUUCCAGGGGAAAGCGAAGCACCUCCGCCUGUCGCUGAACGAGAGCGGGCAGUGCCACGUGCAGCACCUCUGGUUCCAGACCAUCUUCGACAUGCUGCGCCACUUCCACACGCACCCCAUCCCCCUUGAGUCGGGCGGCGCAGCCGACAUCACCCUCCGCAGCUACGUCGUGGCCCAGAGCGUCCUGCCCGACACCGGCCCCCCGCCAGCCCUCGUGUCGCAGCCGCCAGGCUGCCGGGUCGACCUGCCACCCCCGCACUACUUCUGCAGCACAGCACCCACCGGCCCACCGGCCCUGCCACCUGCCGAGGGGGUGGCCGUGGCCCCUGUGUGCUCUCCUCUGCUGAGCAUCCCCCUGGAAAACUGGCUCCAGAGCCUGUUCGCCGGUCCUGGAGAGUUCAUCCAUCAGGAGCUGGGGAGGUGA